GCAGCGCAGAGAGGCAGCGGAGCAGCAGCAGAGAACUGCACCUGCUGCCACCCUCCCGGGAGAGCGGGACCAAGCGCCUGCCAUGGAGCCCAGCGUGAGGGAGCCGCUCUUGAGAUCCUCCAGCUCGGUAUAUCGCACCUUCCUGAAGAAGCAUGACCGGAAGCUGGACCAGGCGUACAUCAAAACUCUCCGAAACAAGCGGCUUUUUCUGGCAGCCUUCGCCGCCGUCCUGGGAAACUUCAGUGCCGGGUUCUCAUUAGUUUACACGUCUCCCGUGAUCCCUGCCUUGGAAAAAUCCACGAACCCCAGGCUGAAGAUGACCCAGGUGGAGUCAUCCUGGUUUGGGUCCAUGUUCAUGCUGGGAGCGGCGGCCGGUGGGCUCAGCUCCAUGGUCCUGAACGACAGCCUCGGCCGGAAGCUGAGCAUCAUGGUCUCUGCUGUCCCUUCUGCCGUGGGAUACCUCUUGAUGGGCAGUGCCCAAGACAUCUGGAUGCUGCUGCUGGGAAGGCUGCUGACCGGCUACGCGGGGGGCGUGACGUCUGCAUCCAUCCCGGUGUAUAUCUCGGAGAUCUCCCACCCUGGUGUCAGAGGAGCCUUGGGUGCUUGCCCGCAGAUCAUGGCAGUCCUGGGCUCUCUCUUCCUGUAUGCACUGGCUCUGAAGCUCGACUGGCGCUGGCUGGCCGUGGCAGGGGAAGUGCCAGUCCUCGUGAUGAUCGUCCUGCUCUACUUCAUGCCCAACUCGCCCCGUUUCCUGAUCUCCGAGGGGAAGGAUGAGGAGGCCCGUCAGGCGCUGUGCUGGCUCCGGGGAAAGGACACGGAUUACCCCCGGGAGUUGCAGCAAAUCAAGGAAAGCGUGAGGAAGCAGAGCGGACGCGUUUCCUGCGCGGAGAUCAGGGACCCGUUCAUGUACAAGCCAAUCCGGAUCGCUGUGCUGAUGAGGUUCCUGCAGCAGCUCUCGGGCGUCACCCCCAUCCUGGUGUAUCUGCAGUCGAUAUUUAAGAGCACGGCUGUGAUCCUGAAACCAGAGUACGAUGCAGCACUCGUAGGGGCGGUGCGCCUGGUGUCCGUGCUGAUUGCUGCCGUCUCCAUGGACAAAGCUGGGAGGAAGAUUCUUCUCUUCGUCUCUGCUGGGGUUAUGUUUGCCUCCAACAUGACCCUGGGACUGUACAUCCACUUUGUGUCAUUGCCCUCGGCAAACUCGACCAACCACACUCCUAAUGGGACUGUAGCAGGCCCCGAGACCCUCACUGCAGAGCCAUCGAACCUCCUCACUCUCAUCCCCCUCGUGGCUACCAUGUUCUUCAUAAUGGGUUAUGCCAUGGGUUGGGGCCCCAUCACCUGGCUGCUGAUGUCGGAGAUCCUCCCUCUGAAGGCCCGUGGGGUAGCAUCGGGUCUCUGUGUUGUCGUGAGCUGGCUCACUGCCUUUGGGCUUGCCCGAUGCUUCUUGCCAGUCGUGGAGGCCUUUGGCCUUGAGGUGCCGUUCCUGUUCUUUGCCUUCAUCAGCGUGAUGAACCUCAUCUUCACAGGCUGCUGUGUGCCAGAGACCAAAGGCAGGUCCCUGGAGCAAAUUGAAUCCUAUUUCAGGACUGGGCGAAGAUCGUUUAUGAAUUAGGUUAGCUGAGACUUGGUGGCUCCUAGCAUCCAGCGUGCACAAGAGCAAGAACAUCCUUUUGUGUGCGACUGGGAGUCUUCUCCUUGCCAGCAAGGCUUGCUUGCCAGGACGGUUUGGGCUACACGGUACACAGAGGUGCUGUUGGUGGUGGCCUGUUCUUGGAUGAAACUAUUGUCUUUUGGGGAAUCGCAUACUGGCAUCUCCACUUCCCUUCAUCCCGAGUCAAUGAACACUAACCUAAUGACUUGCUGCUCUCCAGACAGAAUAUUAAUGAGCUGGACUUCACCCUGCACUGUUGAUUUUUUUUUUUAACCUUGACCACAAAGCUCCCCCCACAGCAUGGCACCUGACAAAGGGGACUCUUCACUGUGAAACAUGUGCUCUGACCCAGAGAAAAACUGCACUUUCUUACCCUGGCUUUUUGGAAUAAAGCCACACACAGGAACAGAAGCAUUUAAUGCAGAUCUUACCUGGGUGGCCACUGUUUUGGUUAAAACUGGCAACAGCCCAGUAUGUAGUUAGAAAAAUUAAGAGGUUUGGCCCCUAAUGAUGGUGGGGGAAAAUGAGAGGUGCUGUCAGGGGAAGGAAAAAGAUGUAAAACCCUUGAAGUGGUGCCCUGGAGUGAGGCAGUAGGGAUCAGGAUGCCACAAGCCAAGGGCCCUCUCCCAGAUGUCUUGCAUGCAUAGUGACUUCAAGCAAGGUGGAGAAAAGGUUUUAAAUACAAAGAUCUGUCUUGUUUUAACAUGAAAAUGCAUAUUACCCCUACGGGCAUGAGU